AUGGCGCCUAUCACCCAAAUCGAGUAUUUUCGGGUCCCCCCACGAUGGUUGUUUGUCAAGAUCACCGAUGCUGAUGGCAACACUGGCUGGGGCGAAGCCUCCCUCGAAGGGCACACGGAGGCAGUGGAAGGCUGUUUGGACGCCUUCGCGGCUCGCUUCCACGGCCUGGAUGCCAAUGCAAUCGAGCAUAUCUGGCAGAAUGGCUAUCGCAUGGGAUUCUAUCGCGGAGGACCGGUCCUGAUGAGUGCCUUGGCGGGAAUCGAUAUUGCCCUUUGGGAUCUCAAAGCGCGCCGACUGGGUUUACCCAUCUACGAACUCCUGGGCGGCAAAGUUCGAGAUCAAUUGCGAGUAUAUGCGUGGAUUGGAGGUGACCGACCGGGGGAUGUUGAGGUGCAAGCACGCGCCCGAAUUACGCAAGGGUUCAAGGCUAUCAAAAUGAACGCUACCGAAGACCUGGCAUGGUUGGACUCUCCCCACACACUGGAUGCAUCAGUGGAGCGUCUCAAAGCUGUCAAGGCACUUGGGCUGGACGCUGGCGUAGAUUUCCACGGGCGCGUCCACAAGGCGAUGGCGAUCCAGUUGGCCCACAAGCUUGCCCCGCAUGAGCCACUGUUCAUCGAGGAACCGCUCCUGUCCGAGCACCCAGAGUCGAUUGCCGUCCUCUCCAAGCUGGUCCCCAUCCCCAUUGCGCUGGGGGAGCGCUUACACAGUCGGUGGGACAUCAAGCCAUUCCUGGAAUCUGCAUCGGUCAGCAUCCUCCAGCCGGAUAUCUGCCAUGUGGGUGGCAUUUCGGAGCUGCGCCGAAUGGCGACCAUGGCAGAGGCCUACGAUGUAGCCUUGGCUCCUCACUGUCCGCUGGGUCCGAUUGCCCUCGCGGCUAAUCUGCAGGUGGACGCCGUCUCGGCCAACUUCGCGAUCCAGGAGAUGAGUGUGGGCAUUCACUACAAUCAUGGAUCGGCCGAUAUUGGGACGUAUGUCAAGAAUCCCGAGGUCUGGACGGUGCAAGACGGUCUGAUCCGGUUGAUGGACGGUCCCGGACUCGGGAUCGAGCUGGAUGAAGAGAAGAUCCGGGCGGCAGCGGUGGAUGCAGCUGCCUGGCGUAGUCCGAGCUUUCAGGGGGCUGAACCCUCGCGCAAAAGACGAUGUGGCAAGGAGCGAGUGCGCGUAACCCGCGCCUGCGACGCCUGCAAACGAAAGAAACUACGCUGCUCCGGGACGCUGCCCUGUUCACUCUGUCAGCGCACUGGCAAACCAUGCGACUACACAGCCGAGUACAACCGGGGAAAACUCCCUCCCAUUCCCCCUCGGGAACAGCCCAAUACUCCUCCGAGAACAGAGACAGAGGGCACCGCGGACUUCCCCCUCGAAUCUCCAGCCUCGCCAGUCAGAGGGAGUGGCUUUGGGAACGAAGCUCCCUCUCGCGGCUCUCCUGACGCACAUCAAACCGACAUGGAAGGUCACUAUGUAGGACCUUCAUCAGGAGUCUCCUUUCUCAUUCGAGCCCAGAAGAGACUGCAAGAGCAGAUCUCUCUCCCGAUCAAUGCCCCUAUCUUCAGCUUUGGUGAUGCCCCGUUGUCGAAGCUGGACCCGGCUUUUCUCCUGCUCCCGCCUCGGUUGGAAGCCGAUAUCCUCAUUGCUCGAUAUUUUGAUUUCGCCUUCCCGACCCACCGUUUUCUCCAUCAGGCCCAGGUGGAGGGCUGGGUCUCCGAGUUCUAUGGUCCCCUGCAGGAUUCGGCGGUGGCGGGGCCUGGCAAGCGCGCCAUCCGCGCCUUGGUUUUGAUGGUCCUGGCUCACGCGAAGCAGUGUUUACCAGAGUCAGAUCAGGGGAUCGGAGCAUCGGUCAACGGCACCCUCUACCUGGCGGCAGCGGAGCAUCAUCUGGCAGCGGAGACCGGCCCGGUGCGCUUGACGAGUGUGCAGGCUCGCCUGGCCCAGUGCUUCUACCUCCUGUCGCAAUCUCGCAUCAAUCAUUGUUGGAGUCUGUUCGGGACGACCGCCCGCCUGGCCAUCGCCAUUGGUCUUCAUCGGGCUCGCAGGAGAGACCGGGGGUCUGGCUUCGAUUAUGUGGAGGGGGAAUGCCGAAAACGCGUCUUCUGGUGCGCGUAUAGUCUUGACAACUAUCUCAGUGCGGCCCUAGGCCGUCCGCGCAUCUUUCAUGACGACGAUAUUGACCAGGAGCUCCCCUCAAUCGCAAAUGACAGCCACAUUCUAGCCGACCAGAUCCUCCCGGCGACGACAUCAGCUCAGAGCAUUAUGCUGGCCCCCGUCUAUCAUGCCAAGCUGUCGGUCAUUAUUGGGGGCAUUUUACAUGAUGUCUACGGGCCCCGGCGGGCCAGCGGGCAGGUGGAAGCGGCAGCGGCCGCCAAAUACGGGGCCAGUCUGUCUCGCUGGCGUCAGGAGCUAUCGGGAUUCCUCGAUGUGGCAAACGUUGAUCUGCUCAUGCUGACCUACCAACGACAGUACACCGUUCUCAAUCUGGCCUUUUACCAUGCGCAGGUCCUACUAUACCGACCCUUCAUUCUGAAAGACUUUGGUCACUCCACCGUCACCCGCCCUCAAAAUGACAAAUCAAUUGAAUCGGUCCGGAAGUACACCAGACUGUGCCUGGAGGCAGCCAUGAAGAUCGCGGCAAUCGUCCGUGAGUUAUGCGACCGGGGCAGGAUGUAUUCUACCUUUUGGUUUACCCAUUACUACACCUUUUCCGCGAUUGUGGUUCUCUACGUCCAUGUGGUCCAGGGCUCUACACAAGUGGACCGACCGGACCGACUGGAUAGGUACCUUCAAAUUGCUGAGCAAGCUCAGCGGGAUCUCGCUUUCUGUGGCUCGCGCUCCUCGUUUGCACAGCGCUACGUGCUAGUGCUCGAAGAACUUCGGCAAGAAGCUCGAACAGCGAUCAACCAUACUCGGUCCGGGGUAAUCGGAAGCCAGACUGUUUUCCCAUCUACUCUGGGCCCACCUCCCUCACAGCACGGACAUGGCAGCACCGAACCCGACGGAGCUGCAAAAGCCAGUGUGGGCGAAACCUUGUUCGGCCUCCAACCUCUGCAGACUGGAGCAAGACCUGCGGACAACCAGUGGAUGGACCUGGCCCCUAUGCAACUUCACCCGCAGCCCUCGCACAGCAACCCUACGAACGAUGGACUCGGUGGGACAGGGAUCAUGAAUAUUUCCGACUGGGAAGCCUUGGACUCGCUAGCAGUUGCUGGACUAGGAGAGCUGGACUAUCUUUUUCCUCUGGACGACUUUCAAAAUGUCUAG